AAGGGUUAGACCACCGCAUUGUUUUUAAAGAUCCGAGAUCCUCCUCUGUGUUUGUGCAUUCAAACUUCUCCUCCAUGUCUUGAAAUCAUUUUUGACUCUCUGAAACAAAAGUGGGAAGCCCAGUUUCUAGGCUUUCAACUCAAACCACACAGUGUUCACACUCAGAGCAGAGACUCGAGACAGGCAUCCUGAAGAGGAGCAUUGUGGAAUAGUUUCCCUUUUUUCAUGGGCAGUUUCUGCCCUCAUUCCUGCUCUCAUGUAGAGGCCACACCCAGCCGAGAGACUCCACCCUCAUGACGGACCCCUCCCUUUAAAGAGGCUCUGUGCUUGGAUUUGUUUAUUGCUUCCAUUCUUUCCCCUUCAGCUUCGGCUCUGCCCCUCCUUUAUCCCUCCAUCCUCAUCUCUCAGUCCUCUGCCAGCAUGAUGGACGUCCACACACUUCUGCUCAUCUGCUCUCUGAUGGGCGUGUCCCUGAACCUUCCUGAAAGCUCCGCCCACAGCUCUAACCCCUUCUCUGGCCAACAUGCCCCACCCCCUGACCCCUGCUAUGACGACACAGGCUCUGCCCGCCGAUGCAUCCCGGAGUUUGUUAAUGCUGCAUUCGGACAGGAAGUAGUUGCAUCUAGUGUUUGCGGACGCCCUCCUUCACGUCACUGUGGUAUUGUGGAGCGUGAACAGCGCCCCCUGGUGCGCUCCUGCAGCACGUGUGAUGCCUCAGACCCCCGACUAGCCCACCCAGCCUCCUACCUCACUGAUCUAAAUUCUGCCCACAAUUUGACCUGCUGGGUGUCCGAGAACCUGCAGGGCUCACCGCUGAAUGUGACACUCACACUUUCACUGGGGAAGAAGUUCGAGAUAACCUACGUCAGCCUGCAGUUCUGCUCUCCUCGGCCAGACUCUAUGGCUAUCUACAAAAGCAUGGACUACGGCCGCAGCUGGACACCUUUUCAGUUUUACUCUUCCCAGUGCAGACGGGUCUAUAACCGGCCAAACAGAGCCAUUAUCACCAAACAAAAUGAACAGGAGCCGCUGUGCACUGACAGUCAUACUGAUCCAGCACCACAGAGUGGUGCUAUCAUCGCCUUUAGCACGUUGGAUGGACGACCAUCUGGCAAGGACUUUGACUCCAGCCCUGUUCUGCAGGAUUGGGUGACCGUCACUGAUAUCCGUGUGGUUUUUAGCCGGCCACAAAUGCCCAGGGAAUUGCCGCUGCCAGGCAGAGAUGGGCAGGAGCCCCCUGGGGCACCUACCCUGGUGCCGACCUACUACUAUGCAGUCUCAGACUUCCAGGUGGGCGGCAGGUGUAAGUGCAAUGGCCAUGCCUCCAGGUGUGUGAGGGAGAAAGACGGAAAACUAGUGUGUGACUGCAAACACAACACGGAAGGUCCAGAGUGUGACCGCUGCAAACCCUUCCACUAUGACCGGCCCUGGCAGCGUGCCAAUGCCCGCGAAGCCAACGAGUGUCUGCCGUGUAACUGUAACCUGCAUGCCCGGCGCUGCAGGUUUAAUAUGGAGCUGUUUAAACUCUCCGGCCGGAAGAGCGGAGGAGUCUGUAUGAACUGCAGACACAACACGGCCGGCCGACACUGCCACUACUGCAAGGAGGGCUACUUCAGAGACAUGAGCAGACCCAUCACACACAGGAAGGCGUGCAAAGCAUGUGACUGCCACCCGGUGGGAGCUGCUGGUAAAACGUGUAAUCAGACGACGGGUCAGUGUCCGUGUAAAGACGGAGUGACCGGAGUCACCUGUAACCGCUGCGCUAAAGGCUACCAGCAGAGCCGCUCACCUGUAGCCCCCUGCAUCAAGAUUCCUGUGAUUAACCCAACAGCGGUGGUCAGCAGCACUGAAGGACCAGCAGGUCAGAACAAAACACCAAAGCACAUUGACGCACUCCCUACAGCAGACUGUGAGUCCUACUGCAAACCAGCCAAGGGCAACCUGAAGAUCAACAUGAAGAAAUACUGCAAGAAAGACUACGCGGUGCUGGUCAGUGUGCUGGACAUGGAGACUGUGGGUGACUGGGCGAAGUUUGCGGUCAGCCUGGUGUCGGUGUAUAAGAGCAGAGAGCCGCUGAAGAGAGGAGAGAAUCUGCUGUGGGUCCACAUGAAGGACUUGGCCUGCAAGUGCCCACGCAUACAUAUGGGCAAGCGCUUCCUCAUCCUGGGCUCCAGAGAGGGCGGGGCCAGUCCGGAGCGAGCGGGGCUAGUGGCCGAUAAGAACAGUCUGGUCAUCCAGUGGCGGGACGUCUGGACCCGGCGGCUACGCAAGUUCCAGCGCAAGGAGAAGAAGGGCAAGUGCAGCAAUGCAUGAUGGGACUGCAUGGGACACCUCGCCACCUGACUUCUGUGACCUUUGACCCCACAUGCGCACAUGCAGGAGACUGUGGCCUGUGUGUGUGCGGUGUGGGGCUGUGUGUGGACUGGAUUGUUGGUCAGCCUUCAGAAGGGACCAUAAAAAAGGACAAUAAAGACUGAAACACAAACCACUAGCAUUACACACACUGUGCGUACAUCAAACACAGAGCAAGACUGAUACACCACCGCUACACCGGAACCAGAGCACCACACCGUCUACAGCUGUAACCGUACGCAGACUUAGAUUCGACACGAUUUCUGAUUCUGAGGUCAAGAUUUGAUAUUUUCUGCGUUUAAAUGUUCUCGAUUCUGCAGAGCUCUAAUUCCAUUCAACACAGGUCGGUUUGGCUCAGAUAAAUAAAAGUUCUCCAGUAGGACUAUCUCAGCUCCCGCUGUGCUGCCCUUGAACCCCAACAGUAGCCUUCCAAAAAGCCCUGCCAUCCUUAGUGAUGCCACAGCCAUCCGUAAACAGGAGUCCAAGAGAGUAUACCUGUCCUCUCUCUCUGUGGGCGGUUAGGGUGGUCUUCCCUUUCCCCUCAUCACACAGCAUGAUGCUAGAUAACAUGGGCAUCCAUUAGCUGACACAACAGAAUCAACAGUUAGCUCUCUCUGCAAUACAGAUGAAAAGUAUAGUGAUGAGAGUAACAGAGUAACAACUGGUGUAGAAUUAGAAAAAUAGGAAAACAGGCUAGGAGUUUCAAGAUAAUCUGAAAAUAACAAAAUUUGGCCUUUUCUCCAGAAAUUUCCGGUGUAUGUAUGGGUUGUUAUUGAGGUCAUUAGAUGUCAUCCCAAAAAAAGUUAUCUUUGAUAUUUAGUUUAAAAUAAAGUCUGAUAUUUCGUAGUGUAGAGUUAUUCAAAUCAGUCCAGCAAAUCUGGGCGUAUUAGCAUUCCCAAAAGAAAUGUGUUGAACUUUGUAUAGUUAGCAUCCUCCUACUAGCAUGUUGAGCUCCACCGGUGCACCAUUAGCAGCAGUUUGUAAAGAUGGAGUGGAGCUUCACGUGUUUCAGAGGAAACACACGCUGGCCUUCAGCUUCCCAUCUUGGUAGUCUUGUACGAUGGAGGGACACCUAGUUCACAAAUUAAAAUGAGUAGAAAUUUUGGGUGAAAUAGAAUUAAAUAAGCAAACAAACUAAACAAGUCACAAUAGUUUAUGAAUUACUACAAUUUAUAAGCUCUUCCCCGGUCAUUUGAGUGUGGUUGUGUUCAUAGCAUAAACCCCACCCCCUCUCCAAACACUUUACUCUGAUAGGCUGCACUCAGUGGGGAGUGAGGAGCCAUCUGGUGUUACAUUUUCACUAAUUAGUGGUCACCUGCUCAAACCUAACUCUCCUCACUCAGCUAAUCAAGGACCAGGGCUGACUAGGGUUGGUACACACUAUUCUAAACACUGCCCAUAUCAUAAUAACUGUCCUCUCUUUGUCUUGCUGGGUAGGAUAGUCCAAUGUUUCCCUCCAUCACUCAGUGCAAUGCUAGCCAAAGUGUUAGUGUUCUCCUCCAAGCGUGUUGAGCUGUCCAGUGAUGUUGUAUUGAUGGCAGUGUGAAAUGAUGUGGAGCUUCACAUGUCGCAGUGUCCCACCAAAUACUGGUAGAUUUAUGCGGUUAGGAGUUAUAUUAGUAGAAACUGAGUAAAAAUUAAGCUCUUCAGAAAAAAGCCCAGUCAUUUGAGCCCAGUCAUCUCCCACUUUAUUCCAUUCUAUUCUUUCAUGGUUUCCAUGACAGACAGUAAAUGAGAGAUGCUUUGAAGAGAACAAAGGGUGUAUUCAGUUUUACAUCUCUGUAAAUCAGAGGUCACCAGCCCACCUCCUGCAGAUCUGCCUCCAGCCCAGGUCUAAGUCAGCUGACUCAGCUAAUCAGGGACUUCAGGAGGCAGUUACUGGAUGGAUAAGCUGAGGUGGAUGAAGCUGAAGUCUUUGGGAAAGUAUACUAGCGUUAGACAAGGUGAGCCAGCACCCGGAAGGUCCCGUGAUCAAAUCCCAGGACUGGUUGGGUAUUCCUGGGUGUACCCGUGGGUGUGGCAUUUAACCCAUUUAACCCUGUUCCAGGUGGCACUGCUCUGCUAGGCAUACCAGCAAUAUGACAAAUUUCCCUUGUAGAAUCAAUAAAGUAUAUAAUAUA